AUGGCUGUUGCUGCUGCCUCCUUUAUUGUUACGAUCCCCUUGGGUGGUUGGGGCCUGGCACUCGGCUGCGCUGUUCGCUGCGCCGCAGCCGGCACUGCACUGGGACUGGGUGUUGCCGCGAGCGCUGUCCACGUGCAGAGCGAGAAGGAGGGGCAAGCGAUGCAGGAGGGGGAGUCGCCCACGCUUGGCGGUGUGCAAUGUCUGGGAGGCGGUGCCCUUGGUGCCUUGGGUGCGGAGGAAGCCAACCGCCGUGUGGUCUUUGAUAAGACGGCCGCGAGCCUCCUAGAGGGCAAGGUUUACGAAGACACGCUUGUCGAUCCUGCCGGCGGUGCCAUUUACAUUGGCGAGUUCGUAGGGGAAGUGCCACAUGGAAGAGGAAGACUCUUUUGGAGCAGCACCAACUAUGAAGCCUUCAUCGGUCGCUUCUAG